AUGAUGGAACCUAAAAUCUCCGCGAAGCCAUACGACUGGCCGUCUGAUGGGACACUUGACCCCACAACGACUGCUUUAGUGGUUAUCGAUAUGCAGAUGGACUUCUGUGCUCCUGAAGGCUAUCUCGUACAUCAAGGCUACGACAUAAACCCAGUCCGAGCCAUCAUUCCUCGGCUCCAACGCCUUCUCAACCUAUUUCGCGUUCAUGGUUUCCCAAUCUACCACACCCGCGAAGGCCACCGUCCCGAUCUCUCCACAUUGUCAACGCGAGAGCUGAACCGAAGCCGAAACAACGAAUCUGGUCUCGGGAUCGGUGAUCCAGGACCACUAGGUCGACUCCUUGUGAGAGGCGAGAAAGGUCACGACAUCAAUCCUGAACUGUACCCUCUUCAAAACGAGAAUGUCAUCGACAAACCCGGCCGUAGUGCUUUCCAACAUACCGAUUUCGGCCUAUUGCUCAGCCUAAAGGGGAUCAAGAACCUGGUAAUCUGUGGAGACACAACAGACGUCUGUGUAAGCAGCACCAUGAGAGAAGCCAAUGACAACGGAUUCGACUGCUUGAUUGUGGAGGAUGCUACAGCAGCGAGUGAGCAGAAGUUGCAUGAUGCUGCUAUUGCAAGCGUCAAGGCUGAAGGCGGUAUCUUUGGAGCUGUGACCACUGCAGACAAGAUUCUGGGAGCUCUUGCCGGUUUUAAACGGACAUGUAACUAUUAA